CAUAACAGCCCCCCCGCCGCCGCCGGCGGGUGACUCAUUCCUGGGCACCGGGCCCGACCCCGGUCCCUCCCCCCGCAUAGCUGGGCACUGAAGUCACCGGAUGGAAGGGGGCACCCCACAUGGUAUGGGGGGCACAGACCUCCGUGCCUCUCAGCACCCCCCCAACUCUCCGGUUAAGGGGGGUGGGCAGACCCGGUAUUGAUCAGGCUGGGGGCGUGCCACCUUACCGGACGGGACAUCCCUCCCUCAAACUUUUCUUCUCUCUCCACUUCCGAGUCCAGACUCAGGACCGAAGCCUCCCCCGCCCCCCAAGUUGGACAGGCGGGAAACUGAGGCCCGGACUACGGAUGAAGCUGGGAGCGAGAUGGGACCUCUCCUGGCCAGGGAGCGCGGUGUCUGGAGACCACCUGACCCCGGAUCCCCAUGUCCGCCUAGUCCCCCCAGUUCUGCCCCCUCCUCUAGGCCCCCAAUGACGGCUCCCCGAUCCCGGACCUGGGAGUCCUCCGUCUCCCACGCCCUCCCGCCCAGCCCGGGCCGGGCAUACCUGGCACUCGCUCCCCGGCCGCGGCGCGCAGCAGCGCCAGCCCGAGCCCCAGCACGAAGAGCCGCGACAGCGGGCGUAGUGGGCCAGGAGACAUGGUGUUCGUCGGGCGGCGGCUGCAGUCUGCGCUGGCCGCCCGCGUACCGGGGCAGACAGCAGCGGCCCCGCCUCCGCCUUCCGGGGCGGAUCCCUAGCCUCUGCCCGCCCCAUGAUCCACCCCUAGAUGCCGGGUCCCGCCCGGACCUCUAAGUUCAGUUAUUCGCUCAACAAACGCCGUCUCUGUGCGGGAGCGGCCAGAACGCCAAAGGGAUGCAGAUCUGGCCCUGCCUUCUCGGUGCGGAAGCCCAGGAGGUGCAUGUUGGGCGAGAGGGCGGAUCUGACACGAAACAACCCAGCACAGAGAAAGCUGUUUCUUAAGGGCCCCGAGGGUAUGAUAAUAACAAUACAACAAAAAUAAUAAUACUGUGCCCUUUAAUUUCUACCUUAGGACAUAGUUACAUAGUAAAAUGUGGGCUUGUUGUCUCCAUUUUUCAGACUAAAAUGAGGCUCGGGAAGGUUAGGUGAGUUCCGGAGUCGAGCCCCAAGCUCUGUUCGGCUCCAUACCCUGCCCCUUGACCCACUGCUUGCCGGACUUCAGCCAGUUGAUGCCCUGCACCCGGGCCAGAUGGGGGAGCAGCGGCUCCAGGCUCGAGCGCCCCCCACUGACGAGGUUGGGAUUCGCGCGUCCGCCGCGGUCUGGACUGGGGUCUCUGCCCCUCCCCUGGGCGGUGGUCCGGUGACGUCAUUGCCUCUUUAAGACCCCCGCCUCCGCCCCAGUCCCAGCACUCCGCCUGCUACUCCGAAUCUUGGUGGACUCCUUUGCAGUGCAGCUCCUCAACCUCAACCUCACCAUGGCCUCUGCUGGUCUGCAAAUCCUGGGGAUCGUCCUGACACUGCUUGGCUGGGUGAAUGCCCUGGUGUCCUGUGCCCUGCCCCUGUGGAAGGUGACCGCCUUCAUCGGCAACAGCAUUGUGGUGGCCCAGGUGGUGUGGGAGGGGCUGUGGAUGUCCUGCGUGGUGCAGAGCACUGGCCAGAUGCAGUGCAAGGUGUACGACUCGCUGCUGGCGCUGCCCCAGGACCUGCAGGCUGCCCGAGCCCUCUGUGUCAUCACUCUCCUAGUGGUCAUGCUCGGCCUGCUGGUCUACCUCGCAGGGGCCAAGUGUACCACCUGUGUGGAGGACAAGGACUCCAAGGCCCGUCUGGUGCUCAUCUCUGGGAUCAUCUUUGUCAUCUCAGGAGUCCUGACCCUGAUCCCCGUGUGCUGGACUGCCCACACCAUUAUCCAGGACUUCUACAACCCCCUGGUGGCCGAGGCCCAAAAGCGGGAGCUGGGAGCCUCCCUCUACCUGGGCUGGGCAGCUUCUGGCCUUUUGUUGCUGGGUGGGGGGCUACUGUGCUGCACCUGCCCCUCUGGGGGGUCCCGGGGCUCCAGCCAUUAUAUGGCCCGAUACUCGGCCUCAGCCCCACAUACUGCCUCUCGGGGUCCCUCUGAGUACCCCACUAAGAAUUACGUCUAAUUCGGGAAGGGGAGCGUGGGCUCCCUUGAGAGUGGAGCCUAACCCUCUGAGCUGGAGCCAUGGCAAUGGUGAUCCAUGACAGCUUUGGUGUUGUUUUUGCUUUAUAUUGGUGGGGGGCGGUGGUUAAUCCAUUUGGUAACCCACCUGGGCUCUGCUCCUGGCGUUCCUCACCUUUGGAUGAUGGAGCCAAAGAGGUGAUGCUUCAGAGUUUCUGGAUCUUUCUCCACCCUGGACACCCCCAUCUUAGAGACCAACCUGGAGCUUUGGGCCCCAUGUGAAGGGUGCUUGCUAUCCAGGUGCUUUCAUCCUGUCCCCGAGAGUUCCUGCUGAUGUUGGGGGUAGGGCCUCCCUAGGCCUGCAGAGACAAGCCUUCCCUCGCUGGUCAGGCCUCUGGAACCCCCAGGGGCUUUUGAGCCAUGUGUAGCCUCUAGAGGAGCAGGUGAUAAGUUUCCAAAGACCCACCCACCUCCAAGUCUUCUGACCUCUGGCUUCUCCAUCCUGAGUCAUGUCCCCCCUGUGCUGACCCCUGACCCUCCCAUCCCCAGCCCCUGUGCACUUCUGCCAUGUCCUGCCCACACUCACCAGUUUUUACUAAA